AUAAUUGUCAAAUGGUUUAGUGAAGGCAAGAAAGCUUCCCAUGGUAGUGUGUAAUGAUCAUUGGAAUCAGAUACAAGCCAUCCUUUCACUUGCUUGCUCCAUUUUUCUCACUCUCUUUUCCCUCUCUCAAAUGGGUGUCUUCUUCAUCUUCACAUGCCCCCUUGGACCUUCAACUCUUCUUGGACAAGGACAAAAACACCAAGAAACAAAAACCCAAUUGGGAAUUCUCUCUUGUUUCAGCCUUCAAGUCUUGUUCAGCAAAUUCAUGUAUCACACACGGCCAACAACUUCAUUCCCUUGUCUUGAAAUCUGGUCUUGAAUCCAAUAUUUUUAUACUAAAUAGCUUGAUCACUUUUUAUGUAAAAUGCGGAUUAGUAAAUCAUGCUAAGAUAAUAUUUGAUUCUUGUAAUAAGUUAGAUGCAGUUUCUUGUAACAUAAUGUUAUGUGGGUAUGUGAAAUUUGGGUUUUUGAAUGAGGCCUAUGAGUUGUUUGAUAAAAUGACUGAGAGAAAUUGUGUGUCUUAUACGACCAUGAUAAUGGGUUUGAUACAGAAGGGAUUUUGGAGUGAGGGAAUUUGGGUUUUUAGGGAUAUGAGGUAUUUUGGUGUUGGUCCAAAUGAGGUGACCAUGGUGAAUGUCAUUUCAGCUUAUUUGCAUUGUGGGGGGAUUAAGGUGGAUAAAAUGCUUCAUGGGUUGGUGUUGAAAAUUGGGGUUAUGGAUUUCGUUCAUGUGUCCACCAAUUUACUUCAUUUGUAUUGUCUUGGUGGGUGUUUGAAGGAUGCAAUGAUGUUGUUUAGUGAGAUGCAUGAAAAAAAUGUGGUUUCUUGGAAUGUGAUGCUGAAUGGGUAUAGUAAGGCCGGGCUAGUCGAUUUAGCUAAAGAUGUUUUUGAACAGAUUGUUGAUAAGGAUGUGGUUUCUUGGGGUACAAUUAUUGAUGGUUAUUUGCAAGCAGCAAGGUUGAAUGAUGCUGUCGAAAUAUAUCGUGAUAUGUUAUAUACUGGGCUGCGUCCUAAUGACGUUAUGAUUGUAGACUUUCUAUCGACGUGUGGACAAGGGAUGUCGAAUUUUGAGGGUAGGCAGUUUCAUGGUGUAGGAGUAAAGAUGGGUUUUGAUCUCUUGGACUUUAUUCAGGCAACAAUAAUUCACUUCUAUGCAGCUUGUGGGGAAGUGGAUCUUGCUCGUUUGCAGUUUGAAGUAGGAAACAAGGACCAUGUUGCAUGUUGGAAUGCCCUUAUUGCUGGACUUGUUAGAAACAGAAAAAUUGAUGAGGCUAGAAACUUAUUUGAUCAAAUGCCUGCAAGAGAUGUUUUCUCUUGGAGCUCUAUGAUUUCUGGUUACUCACAAAGUGAGCAGCCUGAUUUGGCUCUUGAGCUUUUUCAUGAGAUGUUAGCUAUUGGCGUAAAACCAAACGAAAUUACUAUGGUCAGUGUCGUCUCUUCUAUUGCUACUUUGGGGACCUUGAAAGAAGGUAGAUGGGCUCAUGAUUACAUUUGCAAAAAUUCCAUCCCUUUGAAUGACAACUUGAGUGCAGCACUGAUUGACAUGUAUGCUAAAUGUGCCAGCGUCAAUGAUGCCUUAGAGUUGUUCAAUCAAAUCCGAGAGAAAGCUGUUGAUGUCUCACCAUGGAAUGCCAUUAUCUGUGGCCUGGCAAUGCACGGGCAUGCACAAUUAUCUCUGCAUAUCUUCUCAGAUAUGCUGAGGCAAAACAUCAAACCCAAUUUGAUCACUUUUAUUGGAGUCUUAAGUGCAUGUUGCCACGCUGGGUUGGUGGAGGCUGGUGAACAGCAUUUCCAGAGCAUGACUAAACUGUAUAAUGUAAAACCAAACAUUAAGCACUAUGGUUGUAUGGUGGAUCUUUUUGGUAGAGCAGGAAGGUUGAAAGAAGCUGAAGAGCUCAUAAGGAGCAUGUCUAUGGAGGCAGAUAUCAUCAUAUGGGGCACAUUGUUAGCUGCUUGUAGAACUCAUGGUAACACAGAAAUAGGUGAAAGGGCAGCAGAGAACUUGGCAAGAGUGGAGCCAUCUCAUGGUCCUAGUAGGGUCCUUCUCUCUAACAUUUAUGCAGAUGCCGGAAAAUGGGAUGAUGCAUUUCUCACUAGGCAGGCUAUGCGAAGUCGACGAUUGACAAGGACAACUGCAUAUAGUGGUGUUGUAUGAUAAAUUGAUUCUGUUGGUUGCUG